CAUCCACCUUUCAUUACCUUAACACACUGCAGUAGGUGGAUCCAAGAGUAAAAGUCUUCAUUGAAGAUAAAAAAGCAGGUGUUGGAGACUUGACUGCUAUCUGUUAGAGUGAAAUGCUUCUGUACUUAAACAUCCUGGUGCUGAUCCUGCUGCAGCCGUCUCUGUCAAACUCAAGACCACAGACCACACCGUCGUGGGGAUCCUCCACCUGUAGUUCAAAGCCCACACCGAGCCAUGUGUCUGUGGAUACAAACGCCACAGCUCUGGCUGCCGGAGAACCAUGUGGGGUCUACACUCGCAGCUGUGCCAACGGCCUGCGCUGUGCUCCUCCAGAGGAUGAGCCAAGGCCGCUCCGAGCCCUGCUAGAGGGUAGGGGGGUGUGCAACAAUGCCAGCAGCAUAGGCCCAACCGAGAGGAUCCAGACAGCAGACCCAGCACCUUCUGAGGAGCCCAAUGAGGCUCCAUGUCGUAAACUCCUAACUACACUUAUCAAAGGUCUUAACGCCCAUUUGUUUGACUCUCAAGACCACAUCUACAUGCCCAACUGUGACAAGCGAGGCUACUUCAGGAAGAAGCAGUGCUGGUCGUCUCGAGGUAAGCAGCGUGGAAAGUGCUGGUGCGUGAAUCAGAACGGCAUGCCUGUCUCCCCAGUCUCCAAACAUAAGGGCAACCCGAGCUGUUAGAAAGCAGGAAGCCUGGACCAAAGCGGAAGAAGCUUUGUGGUCGGUGUGAGUUAAAGAUGAAGGAACAACACACCAGGAACUCAGCAGGGUCUCACAUUUCAAUCCCCAGCAGCCAAAGGAAGCUCUCAACCAAUAGGACGCUGCACCAAAACCAGGUGUAACUUUGUCUCAUUGCGCCCUCUACUGAGCAAAUCAGGACUGUGUUAAUUAGACAUUAAUUUCACAUCCACUUAUGUGAGGCAUUAAGUUUGAUUAACCAGCCAUGUGUCGCAUCAUUACAAAGACUACACAUAUUCAAGUUAUACAUCUUUAAGUUUCAGAAUUUCAACUCAUGAGUAAGAGAUACGUUUCAUCCAAAAGUUUGGAUCCAUGCAUUGUGCUAGGAUUACUAUUCUCAGUAUUUUUCAAACCACUGUAUUUUAAAAAAUAUUUCUGCUGUACAUAAUCUCCUAUAAUCCUAUUUAUGCUGCUUUUAUAAUGUAUUACUGUAUAUUUAUGCUAAUAUUGAUGGUAAUUUUACUUUGUAAUUUAUGACAGAUUGCUGAUAAGAACAGGUAUUUUAAUGAAUUUUUAUUGUGGAGUCUCCAUGGGGUAUUUUAAUUUUCAAUGACUGUCUUUGUUGGGGUCAUUCAGAAAAUCUGCGUCUAGAGCAAUAAAA